AUGUCAACGAAAUGUCUCCCUAUUUUGUUCAUCAAUAUGGUUGGCGAAAUGGCUUAUAUUAUACAACAGCGUUUGCAGGCACAAAAAAUCAGCAAAGAAAAAAGUUUUCGAGUACUUUCUGAUAUAUUUUAUACAAUGUUCGAUAAGAAAUUUAUCGAAGAAAUUUUCAAGCCACAGGAAAUUUAUUCUCGACGAAUUAUGCGAACAUUUUUCGAAAAAAUAGCUCAUUCCAGUAUUAUGCGACUUAACGAGACAAGUAUGGAUAAAUUAUAUGAUUUGAUGACCAUGGCUUUCAAGUACCAAAUUCAAAUGUGUUCUCAACCUGAUCAAAUUAUUAUUAUAUCCUUAAAUCAUAUUGAUGGCAUAAGAAAGAUUUUACCGAACGAUGAAUUCUUAGGUGAACUAUUGGAUUCUAAUUUGGAAAAUUUUUCGAAACUGAUAAGAGUAUCGCUCUUGUUACGCGAAAAGAAGCAGAUGGACGAUGGAAGAUUCCUUCUUUUUCCCUCAAAGGAUAUCGAAUUACCAUAUAAAGGUGAACAGCCAGGAACGAUUAAAUACUUCACGGGCGGUAAAAUCACUAAAACUGAAACAUUUCCCCUGAUUCGGAAACAAAUUAGCUAUAAAAAAUGCGAAACUAUGGUAUUUAUUCCUCUUAAUUUAUAA